UCAAAAUUUUUAGUUGAAAGGUUUAUUUUUUGUAAAUUUUGUUGUAUUAUCUGUUAACAGCUUAUAAAUCAGUGUUUAAGUUUUGAAUUUUUGUAAACACUUUUGUUUAUAAGUAAAUGAUAAACACUGAAACGUUACCGAUACCUCCAUUACAAUUUUAACGUGGGGCUUUACGUCAACCAUGUUUUGGGCAAAGUCAAAAAAUUUCAUCUUUAGAAAAUUGUCAAGGAUGUCAAUGAGCCAAGUUGAUUUUCCGGAAGAAAGCAAUACUCAGUGCAUAAAAGUUAAAUUAAACAAUGGAAGAAGGACAGAAACAAAUGCUAGUGAGCUUCCCAUAUUAACAAAUGAACAUGUACCUUGUCAAGUGUUAGAUGUCGACAACUUUCUGGUUCUUAUCGGCGAGUUUGGAAGGAUGCAAAAAUUGUUAGUAUUUUUGUUUUCACUUAUGAUAAUUCCAUCUGCAUACCAUACACUUAUAAUGUCGUUUAUUGGUAAUGAACCGGGUUGGCGAUGUACUUCAAAUAACUCUGAAUGUACAUUUAAUAGUACAGUUGUGUUUGUAAAAGGAGAUUUAAACUACGAGAAUAACUGUAAAAUGAACAGAACAUCAUGGAAAUUUAUUCAUCCAAAAGAAUUUUCAAUUGUGACUGAGUGGGAUCUAAUUUGUGAAAAAAAGACACAUUCUACUCUUGCUAACUCAGUUUUUUUCAUUGGUUGGGCCAUUGGAGCAAUUACUAUAGGAAUUCUUUCAGAUAGGUAUGGUCGCAAGAAAAUUUUGUUUCCAUCUUGGUCUGGAAUUAUUGUUUCGUCGUUAAUAUGCGCGUUUGUCCACAAUUUCUGGAUUUUUUUGGUAUUGCGCUUAAUCAUAGGCAUUUUACAAGGGGGCGUUAUGCUACUUCUUUUUGUUUUAGCGACUGAACUUGUCGGCCCAUCAUACCGAAGUUUAUCUGGAACAACAAUUUGGUUUGCUUUUACAUUUGCACUAUGCAUUAUGGCGGUUCAAGCUUGGCUUAUACCCAAUUGGAGAACACUUUUAAUAAUUGUAUCAAUACCGUACAUAGUUCUAAUCUUGUUUUACAAAAUUAUUCCUGAAUCAGUAAGAUGGCUCCGGGUAAGCAAUAAACCAUUAGAAGCAGAAUUGGUUUUGCGAAAUAUAGCUCGUCGAAACAAGAAGCCGUGGCCGAAUGCAAAGUUAUCAGAUCCGCCAACAGCUUCUUUAAGCCACAAAGCUUCGUUAAAAGAUCUUUUUUUGCCAAAAAAAAAAUUUAUAAUUACUUUCAUUCAAUGCUUUACCUGGUUUGUUAAUAGUAUGGUAUUUUAUGGAAUAUCAUUAGCAUCCGAUAAUCUUGGAGGAAACCAAUACCGAAAUUUUUUAUUAGCAAGUAUUGUAGAAUUUCCUGCAAUUGUCACUGCUAUAGUCUCAAGCAACAGAGUAGGAAGAAAAUGCACAGCAAUCUUUUCAAUGGCUAUUGCUGGCUUGUCUUGCAUUGGAGUGGCUUUCAUACCAUCUACUGAAAGUUACGUUUGGCCAAAAAUCGCUCUUGGUAUGGUAGGCAAACUUUUCAUUACCGUUUCUUUUGAUGUUUUGUAUGUUUGGUCUGCUGAAUUGCAUCCUACAGUUAUAAGGGUUCAAGGCAUGGGGCUGUUAUCUGUUACUAGUCGGUGUGGAGGAGCGUCGGCACCGUGGAUUUCGCAGUUUCUUGCUCAUUUUCACAAAAUGCUGCCAUUUGGAAUAAUGGGUUCUUUAAGUCUUGUUAGUGCAUUUAUGUGUUGUAUUUUAAAAGAAACCCGGGGACUAGCCUCCCCUGAGACAUUAGAAGAUUCUACAGAAAUCAACGAAACUAACUACGUCAACGAAGACAAUGCAUUAAUAUUAAAAGACGCUCCCGAAGGCGUGUAACAUGAACUUUAUCAUCAAAUUAUUAUUCAAUUAUAAAAUAUAAUGUUAACCGGAUGAUUAAAUCAGUUAUGAAAUAUCUCCUUAAAAAGAUAAGUAGCGCAUAGUCUAUUUUCAAAAGGCACAAAUCAACAAACUUGCUGUUAGUCGGAUAGUGGUUUGACCAGCUACGUAAAGAAUAUUGACAUUUACUGUUAUUUAUUUUUAAUGCAGUGUAACCUUGUAAAUUAAUUUAUCGCUUGUAAAUUAAUUAUUUAUAUCAUCAAAUUUUAGAGAA